UUAAAGAUUGUGUAGGUUUGUGCUUGAAAACGUUGAUUUAAAGUCUGUUGUUGAUUUCGGCAAGCUUUAAAAUAAAUGGCGCGUAAACCGAGUACAUUACCCAUCAUUCAGCGCGGAACAUUUUUCUAGACUUUCAAAUGUGAAUUACCGAUGGAAAUUCAUUCUUAGAAGUAAGGACACAUGUUUUUAAAAGAAAAAUGGUCCAAGAAUGGCUCUUUUUGUUGUUGUUGCUGCUGGUUUAGUGAAACACGAAGUCUUAUCAUGGAUGUAAAUUCCAGAUAAGAUAAAGAAGCGGGGCACCUCUAGUGACCAACGAUCAGCCUUCCUACUUAAUCUCACAGCUUCACAUUUGCAUAAUUAGCUAAAUUCCAGAAAGUUCCCUGCAUUUCGUUGACCAGCAGAGCAGACAGGCCGCCAUGGGGCCUCUGAUCCGGUUAGCAGCGUGGUUACUCGUUGCUGGUGCCUUUCAACCUCGAGAGGAGCUGAAGGCCCAAGAGCGACUCUUCCUCAGCUCCCUGGGGCUCACGGGUAGGCCGCGGCCCGCAGGGAAGCACCAGCUCCGGAACCAAGUUCCUCCCGCCUUCUGGAAGAUGUUCCGGAGGUCAGAGACCCCCCAGGACCCGGAGGGUGACCCGUGCACGGUGUCCGAGUACGGAGUCCGCGGUAACAUCAUUCGAUACGUUCAAGACCAGGGCAGGCUCUUGUCUGGAUGGAGCCUCAGCUGUCAGGAUUGUGUGGAGAAGCAGGUUUUCUUCAACAUGACGGUCCUGCAGCCCGUGGAGCUGCUGUCUCUGGCUCAGCUGGAAGUCAGCUUGCACUGGAAGCCCGUUAGAGCCGCGGCGCUCCUGCAGGCGGCCCCGGCUGUCAGUUUGUCGCUGCAUGAAGUGAUCCGGAGCACGCUGAGGGGAGCGGAUCCUCGAGCCAACCGCAAGCUCCUGCUGGCGCGCUCCGUCCAGCUGCAGCCCCAACCCUCUCCCAUCACUGUGGACCUCACCUCCCUGGCAGAGAGAUGGCGGCAAGCGGGACGCAAUUACGGCUUGGUUUUAGAACUGCGUCCUCUCAGUGCGGCUGGGGGAGAGUUUUCCCCUUUUUACCCUGGCAACUUCCUCCCCUUAGAGCCGACCUCCACUCUACCGCUCAUCCAGGCCUCUCUGGUGGCCGUGUCUCUGAACCCCCAUCAGUGUCGCUCCAGACAGAAGAGGAGCGCCGUCCACCUCCCCGUGACGCCCAGCAACGUGUGCAAGGCUCGCCGCCUCUACAUCGACUUUAAAGACGUGGGCUGGCAGGACUGGAUCAUCGCUCCACAGGGGUACAUGGCCAACUACUGCCACGGCGAGUGUCCCUUCCCGCUCAGCGAGAGUCUGAACGGCACCAACCACGCCAUCCUGCAGACUCUGGUCCACUCUCUGGACCCGCAGGGCACGCCCCAGCCGGGCUGCGUCCCCAUCCGCCUCUCCCCGAUCUCCAUGCUGUACUAUGACAACAACGACAACGUGGUGCUGAGACACUACCAGGACAUGGUGGUGGACGAAUGUGGGUGUCGAUGAGACGCUCCCAUUCAUUUCUUUGUAUUGAGAACUUGCUCUCCAAUGUUGUUUUUGAUGAAAUGUGUAAUUUUAUGCUGUAGCUUUUCUAAUAAAUCGGCAAAAGAAAUUAAUCUGUCUCAAAAUUUAUAUUUAGGUCAAAGGUGGAAGUAGAGUGAAAGUUGGACUUGAUUGCAUGUCAAACUGUUGAUUAGAGUCUGUUUUCUAUUUUUGUUUAAAACAAAUUUUUUUCACUUUUGCCUAUAUCGCUCCAUCUAGUGGACGACUGAGGAACUGCUCUGUAGUUCCAACAAACGAGUGAAAAAUUCCAUUAAAUGUUGCUUCCAUUUAGUAUUUGUAAAUGCUCACUACAGACUAAAAUGUAUGCAAAUGUUUGUAAAAAAAUAAAAGGGAAUAAUCCUGCUGGAGGAGAUCAA